GCCGCUCGCUUCUGAGGGGUGGUAAAAGCCACUCAGUCCGCUUCCAUUUCUGGCACAGUAUUUGCAGCCCCGAGGGGUUAUGGGGAGGCCUCCCGGGGGAGGUGGGGGGACAGGGGUCAUCCAAGAACCAACCCGGCAUAUCCAGCAGGCAAGCGUCCAGGCCGGUCACCGCCCCCGGUCACGUGCUCGCUGCCUCCCGAGGCGCGCGCCGCUGCUCAGCGCCGUUCCCGCCACGCCCCGCCCGGCCGUCGCCCAGCGCCUCCCCCGGCGCUGCUGCCACCUCGCGCUCACAGGCGUCACGGAACGUGCUCUCCUCUCCCCCUCCCCUCUCCCCCGCCCCCUCCCGCGCCGAGACUCGCCGCCGCAGCCGCAGGAGGAGCCGCCGCCGGAGCCGCGCGCAGCCAUGGCCGAGAACCCUGGCUUGGAGAACCACCGCAUCAAGAGCUUCAAGAACAAGGGUCGCGAUGUGGAAACAAUGCGAAGACACAGAAAUGAAGUGACAGUUGAACUACGAAAGAACAAAAGAGAUGAGCACUUAUUGAAAAAGAGAAAUGUUCCUCAAGAAGAAAGUUUAGAGGAUUCAGAUGUUGAUGCUGAUUUUAAAGCACAAAAUGUAACAUUAGAAGCUAUAUUGCAGAAUGCCACAAGUGACAACCCACUGGUCCAGUUGAGUGCUGUCCAGGCUGCAAGAAAGCUAUUAUCCAGUGACAGAAAUCCUCCAAUAGAUGACUUAAUAAAAUCUGGAAUCUUACCAAUUUUAGUCAAAUGUCUAGAGAGGGAUGAUAAUCCUUCAUUACAAUUCGAAGCUGCUUGGGCACUAACUAACAUAGCUUCGGGAACUUCUGCCCAGACUCAAGCUGUUGUACAGUCAAAUGCAGUACCUCUUUUUCUGAGACUUCUCCAUUCACCGCAUCAGAAUGUUUGUGAACAGGCAGUAUGGGCUUUGGGAAACAUAAUAGGUGAUGGUCCUCAAUGUAGAGAUUAUGUCAUAUCACUGGGAGUUGUCAAACCUCUUCUGUCCUUCAUCAAUCCCUCCAUUCCCAUCACCUUCCUUCGGAACGUCACAUGGGUCAUUGUCAAUCUCUGCAGGAAUAAGGACCCCCCACCGCCUAUGGAAACAGUUCAGGAGAUUUUGCCAGCAUUGUGUGUCCUCAUAUACCAUACAGACAUAAACAUUCUUGUAGAUACUGUUUGGGCUCUAUCCUACCUGACAGAUGGAGGUAACGAACAGAUACAGAUGGUUAUCGAUUCAGGGGUUGUGCCAUUUCUUGUGCCCCUUCUGAGCCACCAGGAGGUAAAAGUUCAAACAGCAGCACUCAGAGCAGUUGGCAACAUAGUGACUGGCACUGACGAGCAGACCCAAGUUGUUCUCAACUGUGAUGUCCUGUCACACUUCCCGAAUCUCUUAUCACACCCGAAAGAGAAGAUAAAUAAGGAAGCCGUUUGGUUCCUUUCCAACAUAACAGCAGGCAACCAGCAGCAAGUUCAAGCUGUAAUAGAUGCUGGAUUAAUUCCUAUGAUUAUUCAUCAGCUUGCUAAGGGGGACUUUGGAACACAGAAAGAAGCUGCUUGGGCAAUUAGCAACUUAACAAUAAGUGGCCGAAAAGAUCAGGUUGAGUACCUUGUACAGCAGAAUGUAAUACCACCAUUCUGUAAUUUACUGUCAGUAAAAGAUUCUCAAGUGGUUCAAGUGGUUCUAGAUGGUCUGAAAAACAUUCUAAUAAUGGCCGGUGAUGAAGCAAGCACAAUAGCUGAAAUAAUAGAAGAAUGUGGAGGUUUGGAAAAAAUUGAGGUUUUACAACAACAUGAAAAUGAAGACAUUUAUAAAUUAGCAUUUGAAAUCAUAGAUCAGUAUUUCUCUGGUGAUGAUAUUGAUGAAGAUCCUAGCCUCAUUCCUGAAGCCACACAAGGAGGCACUUACAAUUUUGACCCAACGGCCAACCUUCAAACAAAAGAAUUUAAUUUUUAAAGUUCAUUUGAGUGCAGCGUCUUUCCUACGUUUGAUAUGAAGCACCACCAGAUGGCUACCAAAUGACAAGAACAACAGCAAAGGCUCCAAAACACACAUGCCUCUUCGUUUUGAUGCUUCUAAAGCAAGCCAUGUCUCAGUCACUUUGCAGUUGCCAAAAGUCACUCUCACAUGGACUGUAAAUGCAUAUGCAUGAUUUCCUAAACUGUUUUAGAAUUCUCCUUAACAAUCUCAACUACCCUAUCCCCCCCCCAUUCCCCCCCGUUCCCCGGUGCCACAUGCUGAGAACUACAGUCUACAGUUCAGAAUAUUCCAUAGUGGUGGCAUGUCAGCUGCCCACUGAUAACCUUUGGAAAAUGGUGCACUGUGGAUCAAGACACUUUGGCACAUACAUGCUGGACGACUCUAUAAAGAGGUGCAGUCUGAUCUGAGCCUCCAUCAUUGUCCUCCACAAACAUAUUUUCAUAUUCUUUAUGUGAAAGAAUAGAUUUUAAAGUACAAGCCAAAUGAUUUUCAUUGGUGGAACUGACAGACAAAAUAAGUACCUUUAAAAAAAAAACUUGGUUAUUGAUUAAACAGAUAAGUUUAAAAAAAAAAAACAAUUGUACUUCAUCUACCAGUAAUUGAUGUGUUUAUUAUCUGCCUCAGAAGCCAGGGGUGAAGGAAGAACUUUAGACAUGGAUGGUAAUGCUUUCGCCAUUAUACCUAAUUCUUGAGAACAGCAAACCCUAUUUGACCACUCACUUCAGCCUGUGUGUUCCUGCUGUUUUGAAGUAAUCAAAUGCUGUGCAUGGUAUUUUACCUAAGCUGCAACCUGUUAUGGACUUGAACUUCUGUUUAAGGUGAAAGCAAGAGUCCCUAACCUUCAAAGAGGAAAAAGGUCUAAAAUACCCAUUGGUAAUGUAAAAAAAAGACAAAUCUUGCUUUCAGCUUUCAGGAGUAAAUAUUUUUGUUUUAAAUUGAUAAUUGGAUAUGGGUGAUUUAUGUUGGGUUUAAACUGUGGAGCUUUCAUGUUUACUGUAAUUUAGUCUUAAACUUUUUUACUUAGUAACCAGUGCUUUUGAUAAUGUGGUUGGCAACAAACCAGCAACUAUUUAGAAGUGUCAUAAAACUUUUUUUUUUAGUAUUGAAAAUAUUUCAUUCAGAUCCUAUUCUAAAAGCAUAUUCACUAAGUUAAACAUUCAGACAAGGAUCUGCAUAGAAGAAUAAUCUGCAGUUGUUUAACAUAAACCUGAUUUGCAGUGAUUUUUAAAUAAUUCUGCAAUAUCUGAUAUUACUGUGUAAAGUCAUUGCUUUUCAUAAAAUGUCUGACCCAGUUAUUUAUGAAAGAACAAGGAUUUGAAAAUUUUUAAAUGAAUUAAUUUUGUGUUGUCACAAAAAUGGUUUUGUUGCUCGCGUUCACUGGGUAGGAUUUCCCAAUGCAUUGAUGUGAAGGGAUAGAAAAUCUAAACAAAUGUAGUUAUCUAUUGGGGGUUUUUUUUCUUUUGUUGAGAUUGGGCCGGUUGCCUUGGGGGUUUUUUGAUUCGGUUGGGUUUUUUUCACUGAUAAACAACACAUAGCAGGUGUGGUUCAUUAAAAAUAUGUAUCUGCCAAGGUGGAGCCACUUUAAAGAGUGAGUUUUGUCUUGUAUCUAAAGUAGAUACAAGCGUAUGUUUAAACUGCAAGAUUUUUACUUGCUAGAGAAUCUGUUUUAAUAUAGUGGUUUGGCCUCUGAUUAUUUAUAGGUUUUAUAAAUUUUAGAAUCAAUUUCUCUUUAAGGUGGCUCAGAUUUUUCAACUCUUGUGCACAUAAAAUUGAGUUGAAGUUCAUUGUGCCUUUUUUUCUUUAUCCAGAUUUUGAGUUAAAGCUUCAUAUGGUAACUGCAUCCUAUUCAGACCUUCUAGUCUAAAUUUUGAAACUGUGUGGUAUUCACUAACAGUAGAAAUAACAAAGUCAGCACUAAUUAAGGUCACAAACUUCAGUGAAACCCUUAAAGUCCAAAUCUUCUCAAUAUUGUGGAUUGUAUCCCUUCUAGUUUAGUUUCUUCUGGACUCUCCAUAUUUCUGACAGUUACCACCUUUUCAAUUUUGCACACAUUGAGAUUAAAAUUGGGCCUCUACUGUGAUGAUUCAUAUUUCCUUUUGUGUUCUAAGUACAAACUAACAUUUACAUGAACAUUAGCAUCAAGUAGUGCAGACUUCUGUGUGCAUUUGCUUGAUUCAGUUUAUUGUGACCUUACCGGGUUUUGAAUUGGAAUUACACCAUUUCAUAGAUAAAGAAAACUAAGUAUAUUGCUGCACUUUUAAGUUUUGAAGACAGUGUUUAAAAAUUGCAUUGUUUUUAUUUUUUUUAAACUCAGUUUAAAAAAAAAAAAGACUAAAACGUUCUUUCAAAAGAGGCAUCUAAAUGUGUUCCUAAUUUUUGUAUAUGGGCUUAGGUUUUGUAACCAAUAAAAAAAAAAGCUGCUAUCAUAUA